AUGGAGGAUUCUACGCCGCUGUCCAAUACCCUUCGCGCCAUCAACAACGUCGCGCGCACAAUCCUGAGCAACCUCGAGCAUCAGCAUGACUGGACAGCGCUGGAGCUCCGUGACGGGCCGGAUCAGCCAAGGCCCUUGAUCAGAGGUCUCCCGCCAAAGCGCCUCUACCUGCAUCCUGACGAUCAGGUGGCUGCUCUCGCCCAUGAGCGCAGCACAGGCAAGAAGCUGUACCAGAGUCCCGAGCUCGAGUGGGUUCUGCCCGUGCACCUGGCUGAACAGUGGUCGCUCGCCAACUUCGCCGCCGUUUUUGACUCGAUUGACGACGAGCCAGGUGUCCGGGCCAAGAGGAUCCUCGUGGCCGCGCUGCACAACGACUCGACUGUUGUCUACUACCUCAUGCACCAAGGCAUGGUGAAGCCUCGCCAGAACUAG